GUUGUGCCUAAAAAUGACUUCCGCUGGAAAGCAGCUUGACACGUGCAUUUAGUCCAGCUGUCUGGUGGAACUUCCUCCAGAUGCUGGAGACGAGCUGUCAGACAUGAUCGCGUCGAGCUUCAGGGACUGUGAGGCCUGGAGGGCCGAGGGUCUUGAACUCUCCACCACCAGUAAUGAGGCCUGCAAACUCUAUGACGCCCUGCUCACACAGUAUGUGACCUGGAGGAGCGAUGAGACCCUGGGGGGAUUUGAAGGAUGCAUGUCCGCCCUGCAGACGGCCGAUCCUAACUUUGUUAUGGGCCAUGUGAUGAGUACCGGGCUGGAGCUGGCGUCCACGGGGAUCUCCCCCCGGCUGAACGAGCGCCUGGCGAGUGCCGUGACUCGCACGGUGGAGCUGGCCAGCAGCCAGGACAUCACUCCCAGAGAGAAGCUCCAUGUCAAGGCUAUGGAGCUCUACUCACGUGGAGCUUUUAAAAAGGCCUGUGACGUAUGGGAAGACAUUCUGCUUGAUCACCCCACUGAUAUGCUCGCCCUCAAGUUCGCCCAGGAUGGAUAUUUCUACUGGGGAGCCAAGACCCGGAUGAGAGACUCCGUGGCCAGGGUGCUGCCUCACUGGAAACCAAGCAUUCCUUUGUCCAGUUACCUGAAUGGACUGUAUUCCUUCGGUCUCCUGGAAACUAACUUCUAUGACCAGGCGGAGAAAGUGGCGAUGGAGGGCCUCCGCCUGACUCCAGACGACGCCUGGUCCGUCCACUCGGUCGCUCAUGUUUAUGAGAUGAGGGCAGAAGUGGACAAAGGUUUGAAGUUCAUGGAAAGUCGAGAGAAAGACUGGCAGGUCUGUGACGUCCUGGCCAGUCACAACUAUUGGCAUUGGGCUCUGUACUUCAUCGAGAAGGGGCAGUACGAAGCCGCGCUGCAGAUCUACGACUCUCAGAUUUUCAGACGGUGUAAAGCCUCAGGAUCCAUGUUGGACACUGUGGACGCCUGUUCACUGCUCAGCCGACUGGAGAUGGAAGGCGUGUGCACGAAGGAGCGCUAUGGAGAGCUGCUCCAGAUCACACAGCCUCACACCGACGACCACGUGACCCUGUUCAACGACCUCCACUUCCUGAUGGCGUCGCUGGGAGCCAAAGAGAGCGGCACAUCCCAGCGUCUGCUGGAGGGCCUCCAGGA